AAGACAAGAUCUCUCUUUACUUGUUGAUAUUUUAAGACUCAGCUCUCAUCAGACUGAAACUUUACACCGAAGGUGAAGAUGAAGAAUUUCUUGAAUAAAUUUCCCUUUCAGAAAGUCAGCAUCUUCAUCACAGUCGUGAGUUUUACCUACAAUGUUGUGCUGGACAGAGACUUGGAGUGUACUUGCAACGAAGAUUCAAAAGACUGCGGGAUGUAUAUGGGUCUGCCAUAUUUCAUCUUCUUUGUUUUAAUGCUCUGCACAGAUAAGGUUUUUCCUAGCAGUUGUAGAUAUGUGUGCACACGUGAAAACACAAGCAAAUGUUCAGUCUGUGGAAUUAUUUUUCUCCACAUCUUCAAAGCACUUUUUAUUGCUGGUCUGUGGUCCAUCUCUGUGCUGAUGGAUGGAGACUGGUAUGUCUGCUGUAGGAAUGAUCUUCCUAAAAACCAGACCCAGUUACCCUGCAAAGUUAAAACCACCCUCACAACUGACGAACAGGAAAUCAUCGCUGGGCUGAAGAACAAGUCAAGGAACUUCGGCUCCAUCUUCUUCGCUGUAGUUUGUUUGGCAGCUCUGAUGUCAGUGUGUGACUGGAGAUGCUGUAAAGGAAAAAGUAACUGCUGUAAAAACAUAUAUGACUGGUGUGACAGAACAGUCUAUGAUGAACUGAUUCUGGAAGAGAGUGAAGACGUUCUUAUGGAAGUUUUGAGCAAAGCAGCAAAAAACCAGAUGAAAGAAGCCUUUAAACAGAAAAUAGAAAAAAGAAAAUGGCCAGAAUGUUUUGAUGUUGUUCAGGAAAUCAUUAAAAACUCAAGAGGAUCUGAACCUCCUGAAAAUGAGAUCCUUCUAGAACCUCAAUCCACUGGUUCCGGGACAGGAACACAGGGCAGGGAUGGGGGGGGGGGACCAGAAUUGACUGAAGAAGACGAAGAAGAAAACACAGCAUGAAGAUGAGACUGAGUCACGUUUAUGAGCUAGAAAGAGAACAAAGAUGAACCAGUCUGUAACUGGAUCCCAGUCUAACCAGGAUCUCCUCUGGUCCACAUCUCCAAAACCCUGUAGAGUCCCGAUCCAGCUUUAACCUGUGGAACAGUUUCCAGUUUCACCAUCUCAGCUGUUCAUGGGAACAAAGGGAACCCCAAACCAUGAAUAAUAACAAUUCUAAUGUAAAAUGUGUAUUUUUCUUUUUUUAGCUUCUGUUUCUGGUUUCUGACCCAAACAAACAGAGAAACAGAUUUUUACAGCAAACUGGUAGAAAUUUAUGCUGAUAAUUUAUCAGAAAUCUUCUAUUUUCAUGUUUAUCCAAAAACACAAAAAGCAACUUUAAAUUUCAGAUUUUCUGUUUCACAUUAAUAGAAAUCAUCUUUGUUUUAAUACAUUUUAUUUUACAAUGAUUUAACCUGUUAU